AGUUUCUGUCAGUUCUUGAAAGGCUGGGACAGAAUCUAUGGGACUUCAUAAGAGCAUGAGUCCAUUUGUUCUUGUUCUUCUUCUUUCACUUCCUUGCUUCUUACUAAAUGUCUGUCUGGCUCAGGACAGAGCUUUCUUUUCUGGCAACCUCAGUGAUUCUGAGUCGAUAGUCUCCAGCUUUCGCACGUUCAGGUUCGGUUUCUUCAGCCCUGUGAAUUCCACAAGUCGGUAUGCAGGUAUAUGGUAUAACAGCAUUCCUGUACAAACUGUGAUAUGGGUUGCUAACAAAGAUAAGCCCAUCAAUGACUCCUCUGGAGUUAUUUCAGUAUCUGAAGAUGGAAACCUCGUAGUCACAGAUGGCCAGAGGCGUAUUCUAUGGUCAACUAACGUCUCUGCUCAAGUUAGCGCCAAUUCCACUGUCGCUGAGCUUUUGGAUUCGGGGAACCUCGUGUUAAAAGAUGCUAACACCAAUGCAUAUCUUUGGGAGAGUUUCAAGUAUCCUACUGAUUCUUGGUUGCCAAAUAUGUUGGCUGGAACAAACGCAAGAACCGGAGGAGGGAACAUCACAAUAACUUCUUGGAAAAACCCUUCAGAUCCUUCCCCUGGGAGCUACACUGCUGCACUCGUUCUUGCUGCAUAUCCAGAGAUCCACAUUUUGAGCAAUGAUAAUAAUAAUGCUACAGUGUGGCGCACUGGCCCUUGGAAUGGCCAGAUGUUUAACGGUUUACCAGAUAAGUAUACAGGCGUCUUUCUCUACAGAUUCAUGGUUAAUGAUGAUACCAAUAGAUCAGUCACCAUGUCCUAUGCUAAUGAUUCGACUUUAAGAUACUUCUACAUGGAUUACAGAGGAUCUGUGAUCCGGAGAGAUUGGAGUGAGGCUAGGAGAGGCUGGACGGUCGGUGACCAGGUUCCAGCAACCGAGUGUGAUAUUUACAGAAGAUGUGGCCAGUUCGCUACCUGCAAUUCCCUGAAAACCCCGCCUUGUUCUUGCAUUAGAGGGUUUAGGCCAAGGGACCUCAUAGAGUGGAACAAUGGAAACUAUAGUGGUGGAUGCAUAAGAAAGGUUCCUUUGCAGUGUGAAAGACAGAACAAUAAUGGGAUUGCUGAUGGAUUUCUAAGGCUUAAGCGAAUGAAAUUGCCUGACUUGGCAAGAAGAUCCGAAGCUAGUGAACAAGAAUGCUUAAGGACUUGUUUGCAGACAUGUUCUUGUGUAGCUUGUGCUCAUGGCUUAGGUUAUGGCUGCAUGGUUUGGAAUGGAAGUUUAGUUGAUUCGCAGGAGAUGUCUGCUAGUGGAAUGGAUCUUUAUAUCCGUCUUGCACAUUCAGAAAUCAAAAUGCCGGACAGACGACCGGUUAUCAUCGGUACAUCAUUGGCAGGCGGUAUUUUUGUUGUGGCAGCUUUUGGUCUUUUGGCACGACAUAUUGUCAAGAAGAGAAGAGCGAGAAAGAAAGGUACAGAUACAGAGCAAAUUUUUGAGAGAGUAGAAGCUUUAGCUGGUGGUAGUAAAGGAAAGUUGAAAGAGCUACCACUGUUUGAGUUUCAAGUGUUAGCUGCAGCGACUGAUAAUUUCUCUCUGAGCAAUAAGCUCGGACAAGGCGGGUUUGGUCCUGUUUACAAAGGGAAGUUGCAAGAAGGGCAAGAGAUUGCAGUGAAGAGACUGUCAAGAGCAUCUGGACAAGGGCUUGAGGAACUUGUUAAUGAAGUGGUUGUGAUCUCUAAGUUGCAACACAGAAAUCUGGUGAAAUUACUCGGCUGCUGCAUUGAAGGAGAAGAAAGGAUGUUAGUCUAUGAGUUCAUGCCCAAUAAAAGCUUAGACUAUUAUCUAUUUGACCCAGUGAAGGCAAGACUUCUUGAUUGGAAGACACGGUUUAACAUUAUCAAUGGAAUAUGUAGAGGACUUCUGUACCUUCACAGAGAUUCUAGGCUGAGAAUCAUUCACAGAGAUCUAAAAGCUAGCAACAUCUUGUUAGAUGAGAAUCUGAUUCCGAAAAUAUCUGAUUUCGGGUUGGCCAAGAUUUUCCCAGGGAAUGAAGAUGAAGCAAACACCAGACGGGUCGUUGGAACAUAUGGCUAUAUGUCACCAGAAUAUGCAAUGCGAGGACAGUUUUCAGAGAAAUCUGAUGUUUUCAGCUUGGGUGUGAUACUGUUAGAGUUUGUCAGUGGAAGAAGAAACUCAAACUCGACUCUUUUAGCUUAUGCAUGGUCAAUCUGGAACGAAGGGGAGAUUAGUGGUCUAGUAGAUCCUGAGAUAUUUGACCCACUCUUUGAAAAAGAAAUAUGCAAAUGCGUUCACAUCGGACUUCUGUGCGUGCAAGAAGCUGCUAAUAGAAGGCCAAGUGUUGCUACAGUAUGUUCCAUGCUGAGCAGCGAGAUUGCAGUUCUUCCAAAACCGAAACACCCUGCAUUUACAUUAAGAGACGGUGUUUCAGAAGCUGAGUCCUCUGAGAACAUUGACUUUAAUGCCUCUAUCAACGAUGUCACCAUCACCGAUGUCUCCGGACGUUAGAACCUGCAGAAUCAAAAAUGUAUGUGUAAUUUCUGAAGCUCUUAAAAGCGUGGCCAGAGAAUAUUUUAUCUAUCCUGAUAGAUGGUUUAGGUCUCAUACAUGUAGUAAUGUACAAGUACUUCUUUUCAUGUAACAAACUCCCACUGUAAGAAAUCAAAAUACGU